GCGGACUGGCAGGACGCGCACAUUGAAGCUGCAAAAAGACAGUGUAUAUUCAUCUACGAGGGGUUUUACGCACAAGUUCUCCAAGCCGCACGAGAACGGAAAGGAUUAUAAUGUGACGAGUGAUGAAUUUGACAUGUUUUAGGAGGGGCGUUACAGCACUUCGGGGAUAUCGAAGGAUCAUCGUCUUGACAGCGAACAGAUUUGAACGUGAUUCCCACGGAGGGCACGUGAAGAAUCCACUGGUGUGAUCGUGCGCAUGGGGAGAGCGAUUCACGCACAACACAUCCGCAGUGAUGUUAAACUAACGGGAUUUUUGAAGCACCCCAAUCGUGUCCACUUCACGGACAUCUACCACAUUCUCCGUCCGAUUCGUGUAGGAUGCGGCAGGGAUGAUCCCGGUCCAGCGCGUCAAAGCUCAGCCUCAGCUGUGGCACAUGAGCGUGGAUGCUCCUCCGUGGCUCUGGGUGAUCCCGAACAACUCCGGACUGUGUAGAGUGGCCGCGUCCCCUCCGGUUCUCAUUUCCUCUCGCCCUCCUCCGGUGAUUCAGGCGGUGUCGGGAUGGCAGAUGUCCCGCGACCCGUUUCUGCCGGUGAUGCGCGCUGCCGCUGCGGAACCCGCGAGCAUGAGGCAGUUCACGCUGCCCGGUGUUCAGUGGAAUUUGCCAUCCAGACCUCAUCUGUUGGGUUUCCAGCCUUCUGCGGGUGUUGACUUGCUCCCCGUGUUCCCUCAAGUAUACCGGACAGUCCUGCCUCCACACUACGGCAAGAGAUGGGUGGAAAAACGUGUGCCUGACUACAAGUUUUAUCUUAACAACACUUUAGCCCUGGAGACCAGUUGGAUUAGUCCAGAUGAAAUGGGAAUUUUCCAGCGUCUGGAGAAGCCAGUGCUGCGGACAAAUCAAACAGCGUUGAGCAUAUGUAGGCCAGCUGCUGCCUCCAGGAAUAUCCACACGCUGCUUUUGACACCCAGACGCAUUUCAGGUUGUCCUGUGGCCAUCAAGCGAGGAAGGUCUAAAGGAAUAGCGCUGGCAGCCGCGGCCAUGAGGGCGAUGGAGUCUGAUGUGACCCGAGGGCCGUGUGUGUCGUCCGCUCACCCACUCCACCUGCUCUCGCUCUCACCAAUCAAAUUUCCUUUGUUUUUGGCACCUCGCGCAGGUACACGCAGCAGCUGGGAGGGUUUGCUGGGACCCGUCCUGCCCUCACACAUUACCGCGGUAACAUCGCUCACUGCUCCUGGAGUAACACUGCUUACUGGAAACUGGAAAGAGCAAAGACGAGCAGAUAAGAUAGUGGAACUGAAGAAGACGCCCUGCACAGACGCCCUAGUGCUCCACCCAGAUCCAAACCCACGGACUAAACCUGAGGAUGAGGCUUUUACAGUCAACAUGGAUGAGGACAGUUCGCCCAAAGACAAGGGGCCUGUUGCGUCUACACCAAUACCUGGAUCACCAUGGUGUGUGGUGUGGACGGGAGACGACAGGGUCUUUUUCUUCAAUCCCACAAUGCACCUGUCAGUAUGGGAAAAACCAGUGGAUCUGAAAGACCGUGGAGACCUCAACCGCAUCAUAGAGGAUCCGCCACAUAAACGCAAAAAAGACUCUUUAGAUGAUGACUCUCCUUUUGCUGAUGAUGAUGAUACAGAUGAAGACUGUGGAUCAAAGAGCAAACGCAACAAACUGGAGCACACUGUUGAAUGUGAUGAACUGAGUGGAGACAAAAGCGAACAGAAGGGUUUUUCCUCAUCAUCUGAUCAGAUGAGUCUACCGCUGGAGCUCCGAAUCGCCCACUUUAGAGACAUGCUUCUGGAACGAUGGGUGUCUGCGUUCUCCACCUGGGAGAAGGAAUUACACAAAAUUGUCUUUGAUCCGCGUUACCUGCUGCUGAGUCCAGAGGAACGUAAACAGAUUUUCGAUCAGUUCGUCAAAGCAAGAAUGAACGAGGAGUACAAAGAGAAAAAGUGCAAACUUCAGCAAGCCAAGGAGGAAUACAGAAAACUGCUGGAGGAGUCGAAAGUCACGUCCAGAUCAACAUUCAAAGAGUUUUUGGAAAAGUACGGGAAAGAUCCGCGCUUCAAACAAGUUGUGAAGAGGAAAGACCAGGAACUGUUUUUUACCCAGUUCAUCAGCACGUUGAAGAAGCGGGAUAAAGAAAACCGACUGCGGCUGAGAAAGAUGAGAUGAGGAUUCGUGGGCAUUGAAAUGAACUCUUCAGAUUCAUCGCACGGUCGGGAGCAGUGUUUUGGGGACAAUAUUCCUCCGUAUGUCUGACCAGAUGAUGGGGAGAAACCUACGGUGGCGUUGUUAUUUGCAUUCCAAUGACUGAUUUUCAAACAAAACAAAACAAAUGCUGAACCAGCACAACCUAGUUGGAUGGAAGCGGCUUUAGGAGUCGCGGCUUGCGAAUGAACUCCAUACAUCUGAAUGUGUUUCAUAUUGAAGCUCUUAAUCUCCAGUGUGAGUUUAACAAGGCGUCUGAACACGAAUACGCCGUUUGACUCGACAGAUGUACACAACACUACAUAAAGCCAUUGACCUGUGCACACAGGGAGAGAAUGAUUUUUAAUAAUUGUAAAUAGAUGUCGAUUAACUGGCGCUGUGCUAUAAAAGUGACUGUAAAAGUGAAAGAUUUCGUUUAAUGGAUACGAUUCUCCAGUGAAUCAAUUAGUGAUGUUGUGCAUUGAUGGGUCUCUUGUCUAACGGUUUGUUGUAAUUCAAUUUGUCAUGAUAUUGUAAAAUUAAAGUUUGACAAUGCUGAAAAAAGUGAAUUUUCUGUAAGAAAAAUAAGAGCUUGUGAAUGCCGUUCGUCGUAAUGAGAUAAAUGUGAAACAGGAGGAUUUGGAUGAUUUAAAAUGAUGAUCUUAAUUUAAUAAUCAAAUUCUUUAUUCACGAGGCCAUUAAGUUGUCAGUCUAUUCAUUCAAUACACAAUGUGUCAUAUUGUUACCAUGUAACAAUUACGAAUAUUUGGUCAUUUCACCUUUUGAUUUGUCUUGUUCAUUUACAAUAAAUCUAUUUUUACCAUACCA